AUGGUUACACAGUUAGCUCACCUCCAUAGCCUUCCUGAUGUCCCUGUCCGGUGCCUCCUCUCCCUGAAUGGCCGGAGGAAGCGUUCCCAGCUUGGAGACUCCAGCUCUGCUGGUGAGGCACAGAGGGUCCUCGAUUCCAAAAGUGUUCCCACGGAGAUGGCAAGUUCCUCUGGCUCCUGGCUCUCCAGCUGCCUCGUGGCACUUAUGUUCCUCCGGCUGCCCCUGCCGUUGUCAGGGGACGCCGACGACUACCUCUUGGCCCCACUAGGGGGCACAGCCGAACUGCCCUGUCCCAUCCCCCUGUGGCCGGUGACCAUGCCCACCGCGGUGACGUGGCUGCGGUCCCCAAGCCCGGACCGCUCCCAGGUCGUGCACAUGUUCCGCGACGGGAGAGACCGGGAGGAAGGCGUGAUGCCAGAAUACAAGGGGCGGACCGCGCUGCGGAGGGACCCGAGAGAGGGGAGCGUGUCCCUGGAGAUCCGCCACGUCCGGCUGGAGGACCGAGGGCUGUACCAAUGCGAGGUCCAGAUCGGAAACCUGACUCGGGACGGCAUCGUGACCCUGCAGGUGGCAGUUCUAGGCUCCGACCCUUACAUCCACGUGAAGGGCUACAACGCUGGAUGGAUCCAGCUGGUGUGCAGGUCUGCGGGAUGGUUUCCACAGCCCUUGGCCCAGUGGAAAGACCCUCAAGGCAGAGUGCUUCAACCCUUGUCGGAUGUCCAUGUCCUGGAAGCUGGGCUCUUCCGGAUCGCGGUGUCUAGCAGAGUCAGGGACAGCACGCUGGGGAACGUGUCCUGCACCGUCCACAAUUUGGCCCUCGGCCAAGAGAAGACCACAGCCAUGCUCAUAGCAGCCCCUUCUCCAGGGAGGAUCUCCUCCUCUACAGUGGCUCUUGCUGUCAUCCUGCCUGUCCUGGGGAUUCUCAUCAUUGUGGGCAUUUACCUCAUCUGGAAGCAAAGAAGAUCAAAAGAGAAGCUUCUCUAUGAACAGGUGAUGGAGGUAGAAAAUCUUCUCUCAGACCACGCAAAAGAAAAAGGAAGGCUCCAUAAAGCCCUCAAGAAACUCCGGAGUGAACUGAAGUUGAAAAGAGCUGCGGCGAACUCAGGCUGGAGGCGGGCGAGGCUGCACUUUGUGGCAGUAACCCUGGACCCAGACACAGCACAUCCCAAACUCAUCCUGUCUGAGGACCGGCGACGUGUGAAGCUUGGAGAGAGAAGGCAGCCUGUGCCCGAUGGCCCCCAGCGAUUUGACUUCGUCGUCAGUGUCCUGGGCGCUGAGUACUUCACGGCAGGCUGUCACUACUGGGAGGUGGACGUGGGAGACAAGACUAAAUGGGCCUUGGGGGUGUGUAGUGAGUCUGUGAGCAGGAAGGGGAAGAUCACUGCCACGCCUGCCAACGGACACUGGCUUGUCCGCCAGAGUAGUGAGAAGGAGUACGAAGCUCUCACAUCCCCGCAGACCAUGCUCCGCCUCAAGGAGCCCCCGAAGUGUGUGGGAAUUUUCCUGGACUAUGAGGCAGGCAUCAUUUCCUUCUACAAUGUGACCAGCAGAUCCCACAUCUUUACUUUCACCCACACCUUCUCUGGCCCCCUUCGCCCUUUCUUUGAGCCCUGCCUUCAUGACGGUGGGAAAAACACAGCACCUCUAAUCAUCUGCUCAGAACUCCAGAAAUCAGAACCACCAACCGUCCGCAAGCCAGAAGAAAAAGGUCAUGCGAAUGGAGAUGUGACCAUGAACGUGAACCCUUCCUUAUUCCCCCCUCAGGCACUGGAGAUUUUCCCACCCAGGGAUAUGAUCCUGCCCUGGCCCUCUGACCUUGCCCCAGCCCUUCAAGGUCUCAAGGUUCCUUCUUUUUAGGGCUGUACCUCAUUACCUGCUCCCCUGAUGGUCCAGCGUCCUGCCCUGGAUUUCCAUCUGCUGGCCCAACACCUGAUUCUGAAACAUCCCAUCUCCUUUCCCCAGAUCUAGAUCUUGUGAUUUCGAAUCACAUCACCUUCCACCCAGCGCUCAGUUCUAAACUCUGUCAUCCUUCCGGGACUUAAAGCUCCCAUUGCUCUGGAAGAAUUCUUGAAAACCAACCAUCCGAUUAGGUUUAGUGGAUGAUGGGAUGGUGACCGUGUCCCCAAGAUACAGAGGUUCUCUACUCGAGGAGCUAGUUAAAGGAACUUCACCCUGCCUCAUCCUGCACUUGACCUUUUAGUCAUGAGGUUAUGGUGCCCGGUCCCUGACUUCUCUCUUAUUCCCUCCAGAAUGGCUUUUUUCCUUCUCUCAGUGCAGGCCUCUAGCUCCUUUGGGUCACAUGCUCUUCCUUCUUCUUCUGGAAUAUGGGAUGGGGAAGUUGGAAGAGUAAAACAUGCCCUCCCUUUCUGUUUCCUUGAUGCUUGUUUACAGUAUAGUUUCCUGCCAUCCAGAGCCAAUGUACACGUUUUCAAAGCUAACUUACCUAUUGAAGCUAACCAGGUACAGGGAUUUUAAGUGUGGCAGCCAUAAUCCCGAAAAGCCUCAAGAGUACGG